AUGAGAUUUGGAUUAUUAAUUACACACGUUAACUGUGUUACGGUAUUCAUUACAACCACUAUAUUUAUUGAUACGAACAAUAGAGUUGAAGGUUCAAAUUAUUUGGCCUCGAGUGGUAAUAAAGUUUCGACUAAUAUUACAACUUCUAAUGAAAAAAUAAUUACACAAAUACCAAAUUCAAUGAUAAGACAUUUUACCCCUUCAAUUAAGUCUAGUUCAGCAAAAAGUUUAAAUUUAAAUGAAGGACAUUUCGUUUUAGGUAAUGAAUUUCCUAAUUUAGAUAUUCACAAUGGAGUUGAUAUUUCUGAUGAUUAUGAUGAGACAAUAGAAAAAAAUAUCAAUAAUAAGAAUGAUGAUUCUUAUAAUAAUACAUUCUCGUCGAACAAUAAAUUUAAAGAUAUAAAUGUUUUGUCAAGUUUAACCAAUUUAACUUUUUUGGGUAAAACCAGUCAAAUAAGGCUGGCAUUACGUAAGCCCUUAGAUAAUCAAACGUAUCUGUCAUUAGAUAAUAUAUUAGGUAAGCAGAGAUUCAUAUUUGCUAAUACUACAGUUAAUGAUAACAAAACUGAAGUGACCAGCUUAAUAGGGAAUUGGAUAACUACCGAUGAAAUUUUGCAGAAUAAUACUGAAAUUACUGAACAUUUUGUAACGACAACGGAUCUAAUUGUAAUUACGAUGAGUGAGAAUAAUGUAAGGACAACAGACCAUGAUUUUAAAGUUGUCAAUAGUGACGUUAUAACAAUGCUCCCAUCGGUUAUAUCUGAAAAUGAAAAAAAUUUUGAGUUUGAAUACGAUUUCGACAAGACAAUGGGUAUUGAUAACACUAGUUGGGAUUUAGACAAUUUCCAGAAACCUGAAUCUUUGGACUAUAUUUCCGGUGUUGACAUAGAUUCAAGUUUUUCUUCUACAGGAAUACUAAAUCUGGGGGAAGUUGCUAUUACCGAAUUUCCUUCUUCUUCGAAUUUUUAUGUCCCUAGCUCGUCAAACAGUAAGGAGUUGGAAUAUGGAUUAAGUUUUGGGUUUAAUGACGAGGUAUGGCAUUCCAAGUCUUCAAGCACUGUAAUUGAAAUAGGAGCCAGGACUAGUAGUGUAUUGGAUAGCGCUAAAACCUUAUCUAAGAGCUUGGCAGGUAUAUCUGAGAGUUUUAGAAAGAGUAUUUUAGGGAUAUCUGAUAAAAUUUCUGACAACCCAAACUCUCAUCAUUAUUCAACCAUUCAAACUACUAAGAGCUCCUUACCUAUACUCCAUACCUCCAAGAAAUCCAAAACUACCACUUACAAGAGCACUACCAGAGAAAGUGAAAAGGACAGCACCAAAAAAUCCCAUCCCAAAUCUUCUUUAACCCCUAACAUUCACCCCAUAUUAGACCUCCACAAACCUAAACCUACCAUUAUACCUCACAACCAUAGUUAUCUGUCUAACGGUAUAUUAUUAUCGACAUCACCAAUGGUAUUAUUCCUAGUGCUAGUCUUGAUGUAA